AUGGUCCCCGAUUAUCUCCUAACGACUCUGGAUAUUGAUAUUUUUCCUGACCUUGGGGACCAUUAUUCCACUCAGGAGAACGAGAAGAUGGGAAAGGUUGUCUACCUGGGCCUCUGCCUCCUGGGAUGCCUCAUCUUAGGAUCUAGUAGCACCCCAGUGGAAGUUGCAAACGACGACCAAGUGAACCCCAGGAGUUCUUGUCCUCCUUGGGCAUAUCAGUUCAGACGCAACUGCUAUGAGUAUUUCCCCCAGCCACAACCAUGGUACUCAGCAGAGCUAAAUGUUCAUGAGAUUGUCCACAGAGCUCCUCAGAGCAAGGUGCUAGGGUGUGAACUUAGUUUUGGACACGUGUAUUACAAAUGGAAACAGUCAUUAAUCUGGGAAUGGAGUGAUGGUUCCCCAUACAACUCAGGAUCACCGCUCUGGGACAACCGGAUUCCCAGAAGCACCCUCUCUUCCUUGGAAUGCUUGUUGCUGAUCAACGUCCGGAAUCUAUCAGAUCGUUCCAGAUGGACAGAGCAGAACUGCGAUGUCUCCUACCCAUACGUGUGCAAGUACAAGGUGGACAAUUAG